AGUCUCAGUUUGAACUCACUCUGCAGAGGAGGAGCACAUCAGCCAAUGCUUUGAAGAACAGCACCACAUGACAGUGUCAACUUGACUUAAAAGCAAAUUCCUUUCUCUGGAGUAGAAGUGGAUAUCGGAAAAGGAUAUCUUCGCUUCAAUGUGUGUGACAAAGGAGUCUGGUGUUUUCCAUUGUCAAACAAGUACCAGAUGACCAUCCCUGUGUCAACCCUGAUUCAGAGCAAAGCUAAGUUGCAGGUAAAGUGUCUGUGUGUCCUUAUCUUCCUGAGCUUUCCUCUGACUAUGACUGAGGUCCCUGGUCCAUGCAGACACUCCAUCACUAGGGAACACCUGCUGACAGUCAGGCAACUGAUGGAUAACCAGUUGAGGAGUGGGUGUUCGAUAACCUACACAUUCAUAGAACAGAGAAGUUUGAGCAAAUGCUGCUUUGUGAAAGCUGCUUUACCCUGGAUCCUGGAGCUCCUUACCACCCACUUCAAAUACAACCGGGGUUCAGUCAAUGACGGCUACGUUCAGUCCCUGAGAGCGCUCAUCCUCAACAUCUACUCUCAGAAAUGUGUGCCUCAGAUAAAUGAAGAGGUUGAGGAUAAGCCAGAAAGUUUUGAGAUGCUGUACAGAGGGUCUCCUUCAGAUGCACUACAGAAGGUUUCAGAGGUGUUGUCAGUUUACUGGGAGCUGGUGACAACGAGGGACACACCAGUUGACUGGAAAUGCCAAAACGAAUACACAGAAAUCUUUAGCUCUGCCACAGAGCUAUCCACUGAGUCAUUCACACAAUAUUUUACAGACAGUUAUGAUAGGAACUCAGCAAAGGCGUCUCAGAGAAGACCAGUCAAAAACCUGCAUAAGCUUGGCUUCAUAGUCACAUCCAUCUGCGGAGGACUGCUGUUCAUACUUACUCUCUACUGUCUCAUCACACACAAGAAAACUCACAAUCCUCAUGGAUCAAGAAUACACACAAACUCAAGCAGAGAUCUGCAGGAGCUAGAGAUGGAGCCACAGUAAACAUUAUUCUCUCUCCUUAGGCAGUGAGGAAUUCAUCUCUGCAGCAGCAGCAGCAGCAGCAGCAGCAGCAGCAGCAGCAGCAGAGCACUUGUGAAGCUGUACAUUUCAUCCACCAUGAACAUGUUUAAUGUCAGUAUUACAUCUGUCAUGUAUCAUGCUCACCUAUUUACUCGGAAGCUUUGCUUUGAGUGAGAACAAAGAUGGACCUUAUUUGGAAUAAUAUGUUGUGUAUAUUAUGAUGAGUUAUCUAUUGCAAAUAUCUUCUCAAAUUCACUAAAAAAGGUUUAUUUUUACAGUACUUAAAUAUGUUGAACGUGUCUCCAUUUGUUAUCGCUUAACUGAAUGUUUGUAAUGUUGUUUGCUAAACUUUUCCACAAGUUAUUUAUUAUGUUCAUUUUAUUCAAUCCAUAGAUUGUCUAUUAUCUAUUCAAACUGAUAAUAAAAGUUAACCAACAAUACCAUACCCAAAUUUCUAAUUCUCUCCAGCAGUCUGGCAACCACUGCACUCAUAUAUAGACACAGUUGAAUCACAUCUAAGGGGAAGUAACGGUCUCGGUAAAGGUUUUAUGUCACUUUGUAGCCUACAUCCUGUUUGACGACCUAAAAUUACUUUUUUCUGUCUUCCAAAGAGCUCUGGAAAGCAUCAGAAUUCACUUUCAGCCUGUACUAUUGAUCAAGACAGUGUUUACUUAACAGUUUCUAAAUAUUAUGGUCAAAGAUUUGUCUAGUAUAGUAUAUUCAGUUUCACUGUAAAACAGUACCUACACACUAUAAACAAUAUAAUGGUUUGUCAAACAUUGUGAGCUCUUGUUUCUGGCAGAUAGUCUGUGGAAGCAGUGGGAAACAGUCUUAUGUCAGUCUUAAAAAUAGAACUGUUGAUACUGGCAGAGAAACGAUUCAGUGAGAUGUAUACUAGCCACUGUUGCAGCUUUAAAAGAAAUGUAUUUCCAGUGACAUGGUUUAGUGGGAAUAACAUAUUAUUGCUACAGUUUACCUACAUACAUGCAUGACAAUGAAUUCUUGUUGAAUGGUGGUGGAAAUUAACGAGAAUAUCAUGAAAAAGGGCAAUUCAUGUGCAUUCCCUAAUGCCUUAGUGACUUUCACUCAUGUUUACUUAGUGACGGAACAGUUGAAUGUUUUACAAUAAAUUGUACAGUGAGUGUAAAAAACGGACAAUUCUGAACAAAGCAAAACUUUUGCAUGUGUUUCAAAGAGAACCACAUGAGUGAAUCCUAUGAAAGGAUUCCCAUAUUUGAUUGUGUGCAUGUGUGCUGGCGUCUACAGUGUUUUUUAUGAAUUUGUGUAGGAAGCAGAGGGGGGGGCAGCUCCUACCCCACAGCCUCUGCAGAACUAUGUGCAGUAUAGCAUGACCUAUAACACACUGAAUGUCACAGGCUUCCACUUAUCAGUUUGAAAACCACUGUUGUGCUGGCAUUAUUCCAUCUUUUAUCCAUUACAAAACGAGAAAGUACUCUCAAUUCAAUUUAAUGCCUGUAGAAGAUGGAGAGGAAAGCUGUCUUUAAAAAAAUGUCACACGCAGCUAUCUGUGUGU